AUAUCAUAACAUUUCAAUGCCCAACUGUCAAAAAUAAUAAAAGAAAUAAAAUUAAUUUCAAUUUUCUGCAAUCAACUUUAUUUUGUUAUCAUUUAAAAAAGCGUGUUUGGACUCGAACCUCUUAAUUCAUCCUCUGUCAUCCAUCGAAGGUUAUCCCAACCAUCUUAUAAUGACUGGAAAUCGCAGUGCAAUUGAAAUGAAGCAGUUGAUGGAGCACCACAAAUUCAUUGUCAACACUGACCGCAAAUCCUUGCACUGUCAAAUAAAGACUCUGGUACAGCGGGCACAAGCUGUUGCCUCAAAGGAAUUGGAAAAGAGACGAGCUGCAUUAAAUCAUCUUCUGGACUCUGAAGAUACAGCCUAUAUGGAAGAAUAUGCCAACAAAAUUAAAUCACAAAGUGCCGAAAAUAUCAAGCAACGCCAAGUCACCAUGCAGAAGAUCAAAGAUGAAAACGCCAAAAAGGAACACCAACUACUGAAAGCCAAACGCAUUCAACAGUACAUGAAUAGCUGCUAUGAAAUACGCGAAGCUUUACGCCAUCAAGAAAUGCAAAAUGUCAAAGAGUGUCAAUUGGAGCAAAUUCUUGAGAAGCAGCAUGCUUUCAGGAGACAACAAGAGGAAGAUAAGUUUUGGCUUAAGGUUGAGCAAAAGAAUGAGGAGGCAGCUAUGGGCCGUCUGCAAGAGGAGGAACGAUUGAAGAAGCUUCUGGUCCAGCAUACCUCAGCUAUGUUAAAAAUUCAAGUCAAUGAGUUGGAAAAGAAAAAAGAAGAACAGCGUCAGCAGAAACUGGAAGAAAAGCAAAAAAUACGCGAUCACUUGGAAGAAUUGCGUUUGGAAGAAUUUGAUAGCAAACAUGGAGGUAAAUCAUCCAAGUUCUUAGAAUAUCGCAAAGAGCUGUCCGAAAUGAUGGCCCAAAAACAAAUUCAACGUGAAAAAGGGCAAGCCGAACUGGUCGAAUAUCAACGUAAAACUGUCAAUGAGUUAUCACGAAUUGAGACGCAAGAAGCUCAUGCCAUUUUAGAGAAAAAGAAAGCACUUCACAAAGCUACCACCGAUUACAUUCAAUAUGUAAAGCGCAUGCGUGAAUUGGAACUUCAGCAACUGCGUAUGUACGAUGAACGCAUAGAAGAUUUUCAUCGUUUGGAAAUUUGUACCAAAACAAAUAUGCAACGCGAAAAAGAACGCAAGGCUAGUUUAGCCGCAAAAUGUUAUGCAGAAUUGCGACAACAAAUUUGUGAACAACGUGAGCGACGCUUGCGUGAAGAGGCCGAACAACGUGAAUGUAAAAUUCUUGAGAAUCGUUUUGCGCGCACCGAGAUAUCACGCAAAGAGAUACUACAACAAAGGCGUAAAAACCGUGAAGAGUUGGAUAAACAAAUUGCAGAGAUUCGAAGGAUUCGCAAAGAGGAGGCUGCAAAAUUUCUUCGCGAAUUAACAAAAGCAACCAAUGAUGGAGAAUUUUGUACUCAGUUGGCUAAGGAGUAUUUAAGAGAUGGUAUUGAUUAUCUGGAACCGCAUGCCAAUUGGAGAUUGAUAUCGGACCCUAUGAAGCCAUGUGUAUCAUAUCCCAGGACAAGACAAGUAAUAAAACUUGAGAGAAAAGAAGACAAGAAGGCUCUGAAGCCAGAGGAGAAUCUUACAAUGUCUGCUUAUGCUAAUAACUUUUGUGAUGGCAGGGGGGAUGAAGGAGCUAAGAAGCUUAACAAUAUUGUAUUGUAAAUGUUUCAAAUAUUAUAUGAAAUUAAAUGUUUAUCAUAAAAGAAACCUUGACUACGGUCGACUUUGCACCCCCGGUUG